CAGCGUUGAUUUCAAGUUUCAAACUUUCCUGAAAACGAGGAAACGCGUGUCUGUCGGAAGCGUUUUCGGUGCAUGCCGAGGAAGGGCUCUAGAGCGGCGCAUUCGCGCGAGAAUUCGCGACGAAAAUAGCGAGGCGAGCCUCGUCUAAAAUUAUUCGACCGGUUCGAAAGGGUCGCGAGUAAAGAGUUGCAGUCGGUGCGCGUCUUUCCGCGUGCGGGGUGAUCCGUCGCAAGUUUAUUGCGAAGAAAAAAGGAGAUGAAUUGAUUUCGAGUUCGAGGAUGGAGGGAGGAGAGGAACGUUACCGAAACCUGUGCUCCUCGGAGACACUGCGAUCAGGAAAAAAGGGCUUCUUCAGCGAGUUCGGCGAGCGCGUCGCGUUGGUCGCCGGCGACCGAUGGAUCGCGAAGGUGUUCGCGCGACUGACCAACGACGAGGAUCGAAUCCGGGCGAUCUUCACGGAACCGAAGAUAAACUCCGUGGCGUUGGAGACAUUGAACAGGACGGAACCCUUGUACAGGGCUAAAGACGCGACCGCGUCGAGGAAGAGCAGACUGGAGGGGUUCGUGGCCGCGACCGCGGCGAAACGCACCAACGCGCUGUUGUGUUUCAGCCAAGCGGUCCUUCGCGCCCCGCUAACAGGAAAAUGCGAGGAGGUCGAUCGGGGAUUCACUUUGUCGCUCGCGUUACUCGCGAGAGCGGAGAUCCUUGCCGCUUCGGGUCAACACGCCCUCGCUUUGGACGACUUGCGUUUCGCCGAAGAGCUGACCGUUCCGCAGCAAUUCAAAUCGGAACUCGCCCGAAAGAAAGAAGCGUGCGAGAAGGUUAUUCGCGAGAACGAGAAGAGUCUAGUUUCCGCGAAGGAACUCGAGCGAAGAGGAGAGUGGACGACGACGGAGAGUAAACCUUUACCACCGUUGACCGAGGGGGAAAAUCCGGGGAUACCGGGGGCUUCGUCCCUGCUGGAGAUGGAGGAGACGGUUUCCGCGGGUAAGAGGGCGAUCGCCGCGAAGACGAUCGUCCCUGGCGACACGUUGGUGGUCGAGCAUCCAAUCGCCGCCGCUCUGUUGCCCGAUUUCUUCGGCACUCACUGUCAACACUGCUUUUCCAGGUCGGUUUUCCUUCUUCCUCCGUUCUCUUUAACAUCGACGACGGUGGGUGGCAAUCGUUUCAGGUUCGUCGCCCCGGUGGGAUGUCCGAACUGUAGCGGCGUGGCUUUCUGCGGGCGAAAGUGCAGAGAUGCGGCGAUGUCGUCCUACCACAAGUACGAGUGCAAGAUUCUGGCGCUACUGAUAGGCUCGGGCAUGAGCGUAUUGAGCAUGCUUGCCUUGCGAAUGGUCACACAAAACGGUCCGAACAAGUGUGCGGAGAUCCGACACGCGUUAACGUGUCGAACAUCGAACGAGGGAGAAGAUCGGAACGCGCGAUCGUCGACGGAGACGAAGCCGAGUAAAUCGGCGAAACGGCGCUCGAGGAAGAAAAAAUGGCGAGACUCGCAGCGUAGGGAGAAACUCGAAGAGGAUAUCGAUUUGAGGGCGUACGACUUGGUGGCGCACGAGAAACAGAGAUCGGCUAAAGACUUUUUCGAAAGAUCGCUAAUGGCUGCGUUUAUGCUUCGAUGUUUGCAGAGAGUUGGUUUCUUCGAGAAGCCGACCAAGGACGAAGAGACGCCGAACGAAGAGGAAAUCGGAGUGGCCGCGUUGCUCUCGAAGCACCUUCAAAUGCUGCAAUUCAACGCUCACGAGGUGUUUGAAACGCGACUGGGAACGGAGCAUUGGUUUCGGGGCAGCAAACCGGUGUACCUAGGGGUGGCCGUUUAUCCGACGGUCGCUCGUUUCAAUCACGACUGUUAUCCGGCGGUGACCAGGUAUUUCGUAGGUCGAUCGAUCGUGAUUCGAGCGAUUCGUCGCCUGGAACCAGGGGACGUGGUAGCCGAGAAUUACGGGCCGAUAUUCACCAAGAGAACACUGAAGGAGCGUCAGAACACUCUCGCUGGAAGAUACUGGUUUCGUUGCGAGUGCACCGCCUGUCGGGAAGACUGGCCCCUCUUCGACGGUUUGUCGAACGACCUCGUUAGACUAAGGUGUCCUACCAAGGGAUGCACCAAAGUACACGGAACGCCGCAAGAUCCGAACAAGAUGAUCAAGUGCUCCUCGUGUCGACGAGAGGUCGAUCUUCGAGGAUCACUCGAAACGGUACGCGAAUGCGAAACCCUUUACGCUCGCGGUUUCGCCGCGAUGGACCGAGAACAGGCCGAGGCCGCUUUGCAGGCGUUCCUCGAAGGAGCGGACAAGUUCCACCGAGUGGCGGUGCCACCCCACAAGGACACUCACCUGGCGGAAAUCGCGGCCAGCGUAUGCAUGGCCGACAAUGGCAACGUUUGGUCGCCGCAAAACCCCCCUGUUUGAUUCGGCGAUAUAAAACGAUCGGUAACAAUACGAAACAUAAUAAAUGCGUGAUAGAAAAAGAGAAGGAAAGCGUGGCGGAUGCUCGGAUAAUCGCUUACCUGCCUUAGAUCCGGAAGAAGGAAGAGGAAUACGAGAGAUCGGUGGAGACGUAACAAAACUCGACGUUCGGUUCGUGAGAUUUUGCGAUUUUUUUGGCAUUUAUUUUUUAUAAUGCACAUGUUUCGUGAAAAAAUUAAAUUCCGUAUAUGAAAGUAGCUUUUUUCGAAAUUUCGCGUUUCGGUAUAAAAUUCACUGGGUUCGAGGAACACAGGGAGAGGACGAAGGUGAGGAGGAUAAGCUGGGAAGGAGGAAUGGGGAAGGUAAGAAGGUGGGCGCAAAGGUAGAGGGGGUGGAUGGGUGAAAUUUUUUUUUUUUUUUGGAAAGGAAGGUGGUGGAUCGGGAUGGCCUGUCGGUCGACGGACACGGUCCGUACGGCCGGCGAGAGAUUUUUACGUCUCGGCUUCGAUCGAAGAUACAUUCUCUUCGAGAGACAAGCGUCUCCCUCGGUUUUCUGCUUUUUUUUUUUUUUUUUUUCAUUCCGUUUCUUGUCCGAUCCGAUACCUUCACGGACGGUUCCUACGGCUAUGAUCUCUUUCUCUCGCGGGAAACUGAAUCGAAACUAAUUGACUGUCGCAAAACGUGAUACAACGCGCGUCUCUUCCUCUUGCUACUGCCUCUCAUCCUUCUCCUUCUCUUCACCCGAAGUCUCGUCUGCCGAGGAGAAUCGCACCGAUUCCCGGCGCCGAAAUUCAUCGGAAAACGAGACAUUCGCGAAUCGUUAAAUUCUCGGACGCCACGUGUCCACGUAUUGCCGAACCGUGCACGUUCGUUCGCACGAUUCUUGUUUUGCGCAUUUGCUCUGCAUCCUUUGCGUUUCGUUUAAUUCCGAUAUUCACUUUCAACACAUGCAUUCUUCUUUUUUUUUUUUGUUCGCGUGCUUCAUUUCAAUUACAAUGCUCGCCCGAUGCGAGUCGCGACUUUUCGAUUUAGAUUUUAUUCCUGCUUCGCGAGACCCCUCUUAAAAUACGCUCUUUUUUACUUUUUUUUUUUUCUUGCCGUUCUCCCCAGCUGUUACGCCUCGUGGGAGUUACGCCAUCCUGCUUGUUAAAAAAAUCGUUUCUUCAAUGUUACCGUGUUAAUUUACACUUGUUUCGUUAUUAAUCGAUCGCGUUUCUCCCACUUGGCGUUACGCUCGCACACCACUCGUUUCCUCCCCCCAUCCCGCGCCACUUUAUCACGCUUUCAUCCUCUUUCGGUUCUCCCACGAAAGAUCCUGCGAUCGACUAUCGCGAAGAAUCUUCUCAGCAAGGAACGUAAAGCGUCUUCGACCACGAGUGCAGGUAAAAUAGCGACGAACGACGAGGACGGCGACAAAGAUCCGAGAUCCAGAGCGCGUUUCGAAUGAAAGGUAAAAAACCUACUGCCAACGAGCUUGCGACACUGUUCGGUCGACCUCGAAUUACGUUUGGAAAGAAAAUUGUACUUUUUAUUUUUCCGACGAUAGAACUACAAACUAAAAUUUAAAAAAGUGGUUUCGUUUCCAUGCAAAAUCGUAUAAAGCUUUUUUUUUUAUCUGUGUCUCACCGUCUCAUCUUCUCUCUGACACGCACACACGCAUACAAAACGCGUGCACUCGCACGCGUUAAACUUUCUCUCCCUCUCUUUCGCUCUAUCUCCUCGUCAUUUGUCGUCUCGCUUCGUUCGAACGAACCACGGGUGUCGUUACCUUCCAUCUUCGAUGGAAUCGUAACAGCCGCGGAUCUGCGCCGAGCAUCGCGGCGUUCGAUAAACGCCGUCGAUGCUCGGUUAGCACGGAGAUAACGAAUCGAUUCACGAUUACGUCGAACUCGUAACGCGUGAAAUCUCGAUAAUGAUCGUCGGAUGAAUAAUAGGCACGAGCAAGCGAACGCCUUGCUCAAACUUAGUCCUACCCACCAGGGGCAUCGAUCGCGUCCAUCUUAUUGCUAUGAUCGUACGCGAACCCCAAUUGUCGCAAUCGAAUAUAUCGUACGAAGAAUUUUGCCGGACCGUUCCGUCUGUCGCGAUUCGACCCGCGGAUUUGAGACGAAAAGAAAAAAUUUUGACGACGCGCGAGAACGACGACGGACGAUCGACUGUGUCGAAACGAAUCGAAUUUCGCGUUUCAAAAUUGAAAAGAAAAAAUAAACGGAAUAAUUUCGAGAAACUAAAAAAACUACUAAACCGAUAGACGAUAUGGCGGGUAAACGCCCGUUCGAUAUCAAUCUGUACGCAACGCGCGUUUACCCAGAACACACGCACGGGACAAGAGAAAAAUAUCGCGGAUCUCGCGUUAAACUCAACGAUACGUAUACAUAUACAUAUAUGCGCGUAAAAACGAUCGAAUGCGUUUCGUUGAAGAAAAAAAAAAAAAA